AUGUCUCUCAAGGCCGACACGCCGUCGGUCGACACACAACAACAGGCUCAGAUUGAAUCGACGUCGUCCGCCGUUGCUGAUGCUGAUGCGAAUGCUUCACAGCCGGAACCUCAUAGAAACGGCGUCGUGGUCCGUGAUCCCGAUCUUGACCCCAACGCAGCCAUUGGCUUUGAUGUCGUUGGGGUCCACGGGCUCCAUGGCCAGAGCUGGAAUUCCUGGAAGGCCUCAGAUCCGGGACCACAAGCCGGCACCUGGCUCGGUCACGACUGGGGAAACGUACCAUGCAAGUCGGCAAGAGUUAUUCUAUAUGGAUAUGACUCGGACGAGGAUUCUGGCAAUUGCUACACGUUACGGGGAGUGUAUCACGAGGCCCAUGCCCUCCUGGAUCGGCUGUUGGAGCUUCGUUCGCCUAAAGUUUUGGAUAAAAGGCGGCCCAUCAUCUUUGUAUCUCAUGACAUGGGAGGGCUGAUAAUCUUCAUCGGUUACCCCCAUAGGCCACUCUCGCCAGGUGAUCUUGAGGAACAACUUUGUCGUCUCCUGUCCCUCAGAAGGGAUCGCCAUCGGCACGGAAACUCGAUGCGGCUCGUCAAGAGCCUUGCUGAAACUAUAACCCACGUCAACCAUGCCUUUGUCCACACCAAGCUGCUGACCCAAGCAAAGAUGGUAAACAUGUACUCCACACACGAGGAUGCGGCGAAAAGUGUCUUUGGCCAGUUCACCAUGACAAUAGGCAUCCCGCAAGAGUACAGAGUGCCCAGCGGCGAAGCGCAUAUGGACCUAACCCGGUGUUCGGACAAUGACUCCCACCCAAUCAAGGGUUUGCCAGACCAAGACUGGCUAGAGGGAGAGUACACACCCAGUCAAGUCAAUAUCCUGCGGAGGGUGGCAGAUCAAGCACCGCUAUGUUACCCGUCUCUAAAUGAGGCGGCUGAAAUGGACCAGUCGGCAGUUGAUGGCGCGAUCAAGCUAAAAGGGAACCAUAUACUGCAUGUCCAGUGCUCCUCGGGUACAGUUAUCGCUUCGGAAAUGGUGCGAACCUAUCUCAGGGACAGCUCUCAAAUGAUGCUUUACUUCCGCUUCGACGCCCACGAUGUCCGAUGCAACAGCUCGCAGGCGGCCCUGGCGUCAUUCGUGGCCCAAAUCAUCUUCCAAUGCCUCCAAACCCGGCGUCCUGCUAUCCAGAGCAUAAUUGAAAAUCUCGAAAGCACCAAAGCCUGGCCUACAGACGACUUGUUUGCUUAUUGGCAGUACCUGAGAGUGUACGCAGGUGAGCUGAUAUCUCGGGACUACUUCCGUUCUUUUCCAGCAUGCACCGAGUCUAUUCAUGUGUUGGAGUGUUUUGACGAGUGCAACGACUCACUGCUGUGGUUACUCUCGGAGCUCAAAGCCCAUUUUUCAAGGACCGAGGACAAUUUGAAACUCGUCAUUACGACAACAAAAGGCACCCAAGGGGACUUGCAAAUUGCUGAAGCACUCUCCCACUUCCCCCAAGACGCCGUUUCACGUAUUGAAUACUCGCUCCCUGAUGCCGUCCCCGUUCAAGUUGGGUUCGAAACAUCAAUGCUUACCCAAGAAAACCCCAGAUACGCCGCUGAGCAUCUCCAGAGUGCUACCAAGUCAUUGAUUUCUCGCUUCUCAAAUGACGAGUCUCUGUGCCGGCUCUUGAUGGAGUGGCUCAGGUCAACACCGAACCCGUCCGACUCCGUCCCUAGGCUUCUGGGGAAAUUAGAGACACCCAGACCGGAGCUCCUAUUUGAGGCGGUCCUGUCGGAAAUCCCGAGCGAACGCCGACCCUGGGCUCAGAAGCUGAUUUCGUGGGUGCUGUCGGCUGUCAGACCAUUAAGGACGGUUGAGUUCUGCGUCGUCUCAGAUCUGUGUCUCGGCUCAGUAAAAAGGACUGCUGGUGACGCGGACCAAGGCAACACAACUGCUCACAACACUAUUGCACACACCCUGCAAUUGCUUGGUGGGAUUCUUGUCGUAGUCCACGAUGAGAUUCAGUUCUGUCACUCGGCAAUUCGUCCGUGGCUCGAGUCCAGUGAGCGCGACCAGCAACAUCCGGGUCCCAAUGGGUGGUAUUUGCAGACGACAGAACGCGGCCGUCAUUUGGACAUUCUGCAGACUUGUUUGGCGCACUUACGCGGUGGCAAUGACCAAACGGGGUCGGGUGCUUCACUACUACCAUAUGCGGUUGAGUUUUGGACCAGGCAUUUGACACAGGCUGGCCCGCUGGAUGAUAUCUUGGAAACAGUCUUCCAUCAUCCCCCGACCUUGAAACGAUGGAUCGACGCAUAUUCGGCGUUGCCGGCUUUCCAUGAAAGAAUUCCCUUGGGUAGCAGAACGCCUCUUCCGGUCGCAGCACACUUUGGACUUGAUAACCUCGUCGCGUCUCUUUUGGAAGUGCACAAGGAUGACGUUGAAUUGCGUGGCCUGGCCUUGGUUGAGGCAGCGAGGCAAGAUAGGCUCUCUACUCUUCGACUUAUCCUCGAUUCAUGCCUGUCCGAUCUGGAUUUUGACGAUGAUUACUUGCAUAGUGCCGUCAAAGUUGCGGCAUUCAGUGGAAACCUAGAUCUGUUCCCGGAGUUGGUGAAUCACAUUCCCAAACCACCCCAUGACAUUCCCAGGCGAAGGCCCAAAGAAGAAUAUACGACGACACAGCAAACAGAACAGUCUGCUAGCAGUAAAGAUCAUGCGACCAAUAUCCUAGACGGCGAAGGGCUUAAUAACCAAGAGGUCACAAUCCUCGUUGAAGGCAAUGAUCCGUUGCUUUGGUUGGCAUUCCCACUGUGCCGUGCUUCCUCGCUGGGCAUGGAAGAUGUUGUCGCCAAACUCCUGGCCUUGGGAUCAGAUCCCAACCCUCCAAAAACAUUGCUGUUCGACCAUUUGGCACCGCUCCAUCUUGCAGGUCGAGGCUGCCACGCCGGCGUUGCUAAACUAUUAGUAGAUGCAGGUGCAAGUUUGACCGCCAAGACAAAACUCGGCGAGACACCAUUACAUAUUGCCGCCGCCUUCGGCUCACAGGAUAUAGUAAAGAUGCUCUUGGAUAAUGGAGCUGCCGUUGAUAUCAAGGAUAAAUAUGGGUUGACGCCUUUGCAAUCUGCGUGUGAAAGGGGGCAUUUCCUCGCAGCCGAAACUAUUCUUAGGCACAGGAAAAUGCAGGACUAUCUACCUCCCGAGGCUGAAGACCAGCCCUUGGUAUCGAGUGUACGAAGAGGGUAUUACAAGACUGCCCAAGUUCUACUUCGUAAUGGCGCUGAUCCCAACGCCAUCGACGGUGGCGGAACAGCACUGCUUCAGGCUGUUGCCGGUAAAAACUUGGACAUGAUCAAACUACUCGUAGAUUUUGGUGCAGAUGUCAACAAGGUAGAAGCUGUGAGGUGGCAGUUCCCACCACUUUUCGUGGCAGCAAGCGACGAUUAUCUCGAGGCCGUCCGGUACCUGAUCUCAAACAAGGCAGAUGUCAACAUGCGUGAUGGGAAUGGUAACAGCCCCCUCUGGAUUGCUGCGCUUUACGGCUACACCGAAACUGUGCGAGUUCUUGCCGAGGCCAACGCAGGUGUCAACGAUGUCUGUGGCGACGGCGAAUGGCUGCCGCUGCAUGCUGCCUACGAACACCCGGAUACCACCAGUGCACUUGUUGACCUUGGCGCAGACACAACAAGGGAAACUGGACGAAACGGGACGCCGCUGGAGUAUGCCAUCAACUAUGGUCAGGUCGAAACCUGCAAGGUGCUUCUCAACGAGCCCAAGGACAAGCCUGACCUCACACGCGGGUCGACCCAAGAGAUGGUGGCAUAUGCCGUUGAAGAAGGCUACAGUGACGUGGUUUCAUUGAUGCUGGAGGCCGGAGUUGAUGUGAAUGCGGUAAAUGAGGAAAACCGAACCCUCGUCAGCUGUGCCCUCGCUGCCGGGCACGAGGACAUGGUCCGCACCAUCUUGGAGUACCGUCCAGACCUGGACAUUCGAGACGUGAAUGAAUGCACGGCGCUACACUGCAUCACCCAGAAGACUACUGUCGGAUCGGUUCGCCACGUUGUCAAUGCCGGGUGCAAGUUGGACGGAAUCGACAAGUACAAGUUGACACCUCUACUGUCCGCGAUUGAGGCCGGAAAUGACGAGGUUGUCGAGUAUCUUCUCACCAAAAAGGCCAUCACGGCUACUCUUUCCACCCCCGUGGAGAGAUGGGGAGCACCCUUGCAUGGGGCCUGCGAAGUUGGUACUCUGCGAAUGGUCGAGUUGCUUCUCCAAAGUGGCUCGGACGUCAACUUUGAUUGCCGAAACGCCAAUGGCACGCCCCUAAUGGCAACCAGCGGCCGCACCCAUCGCGAAGACGAUGCAGACAAAGAGAAGAUAUUCAGACUUCUCCUCGAAAAGGGCGCCGACCCUACUCUCCGUGGGGGCUUUUCAAGCUAUCCAAUCAUCUCUGCCAGUCUGGGAUGCAAGAGCAGCAUCGUAAAGAGCCUCCUCGAUCGCAAGGUAUCCGUCGAUGUGCAGGAUUCCUGCGGCAGGAAACCGGCGCACGUUGCCUGCUACAACUCCCUCGAGGUUCUUACUCUGCUCCGGGUCCCGGACUCGGAUUUCGCCAUCAAAGACGCCGUUGGCCGAGUGCCCCUCCAUUAUGCCGUUCUCAGCGGACAAGUCGACCUGCUGAAGGAAGUUCUUGCGCGCUCUAUGCGGGUCGGUGUUGACGUCAACGUCAGGGACAAGGACGGCUGGACACCCCUUCUCUGGGCGGCGCGUGCUGCGAACAUUGUGGUAUGGGAAGAUAGGCGAGCGGCACACCACGAUGAAACAGUCACUUUCCUGCUUGACAAUGGCGCAGACCCGUGUGUUUCUGGUCGAGGACCCUUGGGCGACUGGACUGCCCUGGAAGUUGCCCAGUAUCAUAAUUAUGAUAGUAUUCCUGGCCUUGCGGAGGCGAAUGUCUCGUCGCGAAGGCCAUCUUCGAGGCGGAAAAGGAGGGGAAGGCGGGUGGAGAGAUGGUUCUGUGAUUGUUGCGAAGUCGAGCUGUGGGGAGUCUACUUUACAUGCACAGACUGCUACAACUACACGUUAUGCUUCAAGUGCUAUAAACACAGCUCCAUCGUGCACCCUGGUCAUGGGUUUAGGGACUCUGGGGACGACUUUGACGUGGAGGAAGAUGCGGCUGAGAAGACGGAGUCGGGGCCAGCUGGGCCUGUCAACGGGGAUGCUGUGCUAGUCGAGGAAGAGGGUCCGGUAUAUGACUUUGAUCAGGAGAUUGUGGGCGAUGAUGGUUCGAUGUGA